AUGACGAAUAUCCAGUGGUACCUCCAUCCCUGGUCACUCUUGGUCUACCAGACUAGUCUGAUCAUCUUUGCCGUGGGCUUCACGCGUCGGGGAUCGUUGAUUCGACUGGCCUUGUGGCCACUCGCUUUGUUUACGGUAUUUCGUUUUGUCGCCACAGCUCAUGUCCUAAACAAUGGCUUUCACAUGAGCUUUGGUGCCUCAGACGCCUGGCUGACAUUUCUUCAAUACUGGGAUGUCGCACUUCUUAGCAACUGGGACUUUGAAUACGGCGGCCCGCAGCCCAAGGCCACGGAAAAGAGGGAGACAAAGCCGUGGCGUGAGCGCGCGACUUUCUGGAACCGCUUAGGCUUCGGAAUAUACGCCGCCUCUUCGUACCGCUGUAGCGGAACUCCCUUUGAGGUGCCGAACCUUGGACCUUUUGACAAGAAGGACCCCAAAUACGUGCCGUCGAAGGCCAAGUACAUCCGCAAUGCCGCCAUCAGGGUGGUGGUUGUCUAUCUGAUCCUGGAUGCCAUGACUUCGUUCAAUGAUCCUGCAGCCAUGCGAUCCGUCUUCGCUGACGACAAGAUACCGCUGCUACGGCGGCUGUCGCAGCUGACACUAGAGGAAGCUAUCAUGCGGACAUUUACUUCUUUCUCGUUCUGGCUCGUCAACUACUUGGUUCUUAUCCUCUUCUUCGACAUCCCGGGUAUCAUAUGUGUCGCGACCGGCGUGUCUGGCGUCGAGUGGUGGCGACCGCCGUUCAACUCUAUCUUCGAGGCCUUCACACUGCGCCGUUACUGGGGUGUCUUCUGGCACCAGUCCGUUCGAAAGCGCAUUAACUCUCCAGCCAACUGGAUUGCCAAGGACGUCCUUCGCCUGCCGCGGGGAACCCUCCUUGCACGCUACGCUGUCGUGGUCCUCACCUUCACUAUGUCCACUUUCCAGCAUGCCACGGGUGACAUAGCCUCGGGUAUUCCAGUUUCUCGUACCGGGUCACCUUGGUUCUUCCUUGUACAGGCUCUCGGCUUCGUCCUCGAAGACGUCUUCCAGUACGUUUGGAAGCAGGUUGCGCCGGCUUCGGCUCGCGACACGUGGUCCACCAAGAUGUUUGGUUACGUCUGGGUUUUUGCAUGGAUGUUUUGGUGUACGCCAUUCUACGCAUAUCCGGUUUCGGCAAACAAUCGAGGAGAGCAGGACGCGAUUCUUCCUUUCAGCGUUCUGAAGGUUGUUCUGGGCAAAUAG